GAAUAAAGACAAUAGGACCUCUCAUGGCUACUCCACUACUUUCUCAAACCUUCAUUCUACUUCUACACCAACGCCACCACCACCCUUAAAUUCUCAUUUUUCUCCUCUUCAUUCUUUCAAAAUUACAUUCCUGCCACUGCCACUGCCACUCUCCUCCGUCAGCUUCAGCCAUGGCUUCUCUCCCAACCUAUUACACUCUUCAUCUUCACCAAUGCUUUUCCUCACUUUCCCCUACUCUCUGUUACCUUCCCAGCCCUCGCUUUUCUCGCCGAUUCCCGCCCUCGCUUUCCCGCAAAUUUGAGUUAUUUGCUUUCCGCCAAAAUCUUACGCGGAGAGACAAAGUUUACUCUCUCUGUUGUUGCAAAGCUGGUGCCGAGGUCGCUAGCGUUCCGGUCGAUGAAGAAAGUGAACGGCCUCCGUUUGAUAUCAAUCUCGCUGUUAUUCUCGCUGGUUUCGCUUUCGAGGCUUACACUAGCCCUCCUGUAAAUGACAAUGUUGGUAGACAGGAAAUCGACGCAGCAGAUUGUAAGACGGUGUAUCUAUCAGAAACAUUUGUACAGGAAAUAUACGAUGGCCAGUUAUUUGUGAAAUUGAAAAAGGGUCUUGACCUUCCUGCCAUGGAUCCAUGGGGGACAAGUGAUCCAUAUGUGAUCAUGGAACUGGAUGGUCAAGUUGUCAAGAGCAAGAUUAAAUGGGGGACAAAAGAGCCAAAAUGGAAUGAGGACUUCACAUUUAAUAUCAAGCUGCCUGCAAAGAAAAAUAUUCAGGUUGCAGCUUGGGAUGCAAAUCUUGUAACGCCACAUAAACGCAUGGGGAAUGCAGGCAUUAAUUUAGAUUGCCUAUGUGAUGGAGAGCUGCAUGAAGUACUGGUGGAAUUGGAAGGGAUGGGUGGUGGUGGUAAGUUACAACUAGAGGUCAAGUAUAAAGACUUUGAUGAAAUUGAUGGGGAAAAGGACUGGUGGAGAAUUUCUUUUGUUUCAGAAUUUUUUCGUAAAAAUGGUUUUGAUUCUGCUAUGAAAAAAUUUGUUGGCACUGAAACAGUCCAAGCAAGCCAGUUUGUUGAUUAUGCUUUUGGGCAGUUGAAAUCCUUCAAUGAUGCAUACCUUACCAAGGAUAAACUUUCAAACAAUGAAAAUGAAAAAAGUGUGAUUGAGAUGUCUAGCGAAGAUGCUCUUGUAUCAGACAUGCCAUCACAGAUCCAAAGUAGUGUCGAAGGACCCUCAAAUGAUGCGGGCUAUGGUGGUAGCAAUUUAGAGGAUCUCAACACAGAUGAUGAUGGAAUAGACAAUGGGUAUUUUUCAGAAUUAGUAAAUUUAGUUGGUGAGUCAAAGGAAUCAGAUAAAGAUUUCUGGAAGAGCUUUGCUAAUGUUAUCAAUCAAAGUGUUGUUCAGAAACUUGGUCUUCCAACCCCAGAGAAAUUAAAGUGGGAUGGAUUUGACUUGUUAAACAGUAUUGGUUUACAGUCAAAAAAGAUAGCAGAGGCAAGUUAUGUUAAGUCCGGGCUUGCAACUCCGGAAGGCAUAGAUGAAGACCUUGAUACAAUAGGUGGAUCACUUGAUAUUAACACCAUUCGUUCUUCCCUUCCAGAUAUACAAAAGGCAACAAAGGAUCUCUUAAAGCAAACAGAAUCUGUAUUAGGAGCGUUAAUGGUUUUGUCUGCAGCCAUUUCUGAAGCAAACAAGGAAGCACGUCUUUCAGAAAAGAGUAAAUCGAAACAAGAAGAUGCUUCAAAUGUAGACGAUGAUUUUUUAAGAUCUAAUAAGAAUGAGAAGCUUGCUUCACGAGAUGUGCCUAUGCUGGAUGAAAAAAAAGCUGAGGAGAUGAGAGAGCUAUUUUCAACUGCAGAGAGUGCCAUGGAGGCUUGGGCAAUGCUUGCUACUUCUUUAGGUCAGCCAAGCUUUAUAAAGUCUGAAUUUGAGAAGAUAUGUUUCUUAGACAAUGAAACAACAGACACACAGGUGGCAAUUUGGCGAGAUCCUGCGAGGAGAAGACUGGUUGUUGCUUUUAGAGGAACAGAGCAGGCGAAAUGGAAGGACUUGAAAACAGAUUUAAUGCUAGCACCUGCAGGGCUUAACCCUGAAAGAAUAGGCGGAGACUUCAAACAAGAAGUUCAAGUUCACAGUGGCUUUUUAAGUGCAUAUGACUCAGUGAGGAUCAGGAUUUUCACUAUCAUCAAACAGGCAAUUGGUUAUUCUGAUGAUCAUGAUGAGGUAUCAUUGAAAUGGCAUGUUUAUUUAACUGGUCAUAGUUUAGGAGGUGCAUUGGCCACCCUUCUUGCUCUGGAACUUUCAUCGAGUCAAUUGGCAAAACGUGGGGCAAUAUCUCUGACCAUGUACAACUUUGGAUCUCCUAGAGUUGGUAACAAACGAUUUGCAGAUAUUUACAAUCAGAAAGUCAAAGAUAGCUGGAGAGUUGUAAACCACAGGGACAUUAUACCAACAGUUCCACGUUUAAUGGGUUAUUGCCAUGUUGCUCAACCUGCAUAUUUAGGGGCAGGAGUUCUAAGAACUGCUUUGGAAAAUUUGGAGCUCUCAGGAGAUGGUUACCACGGCGAUGUGAUUGGGGAAGCCACACCAGAUGUACUUGUCAGUGAAUUUAUGAAGGGUGAGAAGGAAAUCGUCGAAAGAAUAUUACAGACCGAAAUAAAUAUAUUCCGUGCAAUCAGGGAUGGGAGUGCACUCAUGCAACACAUGGAGGAUUUCUAUUACAUCACAUUGCUAGAGAAUGUAAAAUCCAAUUACUUAGCAGCAAGAUCAAACGCUUCUGAUGAAGGUAGCCAAACGAGUGAAUGAGGUUAGCAUCUCACACCCAUAAGAAACUCCAUGCACAUACGCAUUGUUUUUUUCAAUUAUUCAUAGUAAGAUUGUUAAUUCAUACCAGGCAUUGAGCCUUGAAAAAGGUUCAAGUAAGACCUGAAGUAAAUUCACUACUGUAAAUUUGUAAUACAGGGCCAUAAUUUCCUCCAACUGUACGUAAGUACAGUUUUUUGGUUCACACAAAAGCAAUAAUACAAGCAUUUGUAAUUAAUAUUCCUUCA